AUGAAGAAAGACCACGUCGAUGCCUCGCUCCUGCCGCAGAUCCCAGCCGAGGGCAAGUCGCCGACGGGCGAGGCAAAGCCUGCCCUCGACAGCGCGGCACCAGAGCAGGGCAGCAAAGAGAAGGCCGCCGUGGCGGGAGGACAGCUCACCGCUUUUCCGUUUGUCGAGGAUGAACGCAACGAUCAAGGACGCGCGCGCACCCGCCGCGUGGGCUACCUCGAGGGCCUGCGAGGCAUCGUGGCCAUUCAGUCCCUCCUCUGGACCUUUCUUCGUCUCUUCUGUCCUGCCGUCGUCGUGGCUGCUGCGCCGGGCCCCACGUGGAUGGUCGUCCUCCGCAAGGUCCUCUCGCCCGUCUUUUUCGACUCGACGCUGCCGAUGAGCCUCUACAUAGUCCUGAUGGGCCGCGUCGGCAGCCAGACGUUCAUCGAGCGGCGCAAGGCCGUCGCUCUGGCGGGGCCCUGCGUGCGCCGCCCCGUGCGGCUGCUCGUCCCCAUCGCGCUGAGUCUGGCCCUAUCGACGGUGCUGAACUACCUGGGCGCCUUCUCGAGCUCGGCCUGGGUCGCCGACAGGGUCCACGACGACUACGCGAGGCCGCCUGCGCCCAUCACAUCGGCCCUCGUCUACUUCAACUCGCUCGUCGCGCUCCUGUUUGCGCCCCAGACGUACGACAGCUCGCGCGUGAUUGACUUUAUGGCACCCAGGGGCCUCGUCUGGUUCGUCAGCGUCGCCUUCCAGCAGACGUACGUCCUGACCGUCGUCGCGUGGACGAUCCCUUACCUCCUCCGCCGCUGGAAGAUCGUCGGCCUGAGCGUUCUCAUCGUUCUCUCGGCCUGGGUCGCCCGCUGGUCGUGGUACACACUCACUGGCCUCGCCCUAAGCGAGUUUUCCGUCGUGUAUGCGUCGACGCUUAGUACACAGAUGACGCGACGGCUCCAGUGGGCCUCGGUGGCUGCGCUGGCCACUGGCUUCCUGCUCAAGUACCUCUGGACGGCCGCUUUCCCGUCGCACAUCAACGCCGAGCUCGUCUUCCACGCGGACCUCGACACGGGCAAGCUCCUCUUCGACGCGUCUUCUUCGGGCCUCGUGUACCCGCGCUACGACGACUUCCUCGUCUGCCUCGGCCUGCUGGCCCUCGUCGAGCUCACCCCGGCGUUGCGACGCGUGCUCGACGUGGCCCCACUCCGCUUCCUGGGCUCCCUCGGCUUCGCCAUCAUGCUCACGGCGGGGCCCCUUCUGCUCAGCCUGGGCGCCUACAUCUACCGCGAACUCGUCUCGCACCACGGCUGGUCCGACGACGGGGCCCGGGCCAUGCUCUUUGCUUCGAUGAUGCCUGCCUGCCUCGUCGCCGCUGCGGUUUGGACGCGCAUCGUCGACGACGGCGCCCUCUGGUUCAGCCGUGCUGUCUAUCACUUCCUAGUCACAUAG